UGUUUUGUUUGGCACGUAUUUCCUGUCAGAUCAUUUUUGGGAGUGGCAUCAGGGCUUGGGGAACAUUAGACCAAACUAUUCCAUCUACUUCUACUUCCAGACAGAGAAGAUGCCUUUGUUGUGCGGAGGGACCACCGAGGCGAAGGACGCCAAUGAAGAAGUGCAGAAGAUCUGUGAUGAGAUGAAGGCUCUCGCGGAGGAAAAAGCCGGAAAAAAGUUUGACGCCUUCACCGCUAAAUCUUACAAGACACAGGUGGUAGCUGGGACGAACUAUUUCAUCAAGGUCCAUGUGGGCGGCGAGGAGUUUGUUCACCUGCGUGUCUAUAAGAUGCUGCCAUACGCUGGAGAAAAACUGGAACUUCAUGGAAUACAGACACCCAAAGCCCAUCAUGAUCCCAUCGAAUACUUCUAAGACUGACCGUACCGCUGAAAUUACUACUGUACAGCAGAGAAGCAGUAAUAAGGCUUACUAAACAGGGGUGGUGCUUGAAAUUGUGUAACAUUCGGCAUGUCACUUGCUUCGAACUGACAAAGUUGUAAUUCCUGAACUGACGAACAUAGCUGAUUCUUUUAUUAAAUAAAAAUAUAUUGUGUUUA